UCCAGUGUUGACAAUAAAAUAUGAUUAUAAUUUGUACUGUCAUGAUUUUAGAAUGAAAUGAAUUUAAAAAUUCCUUAUUCCGGAAACUAAGGUUCCGUCCUGGCGGAUUUUGAUAUCCGAUUUACACACUUUGUGAUGACGCGACUUUCGUCUGCGGAAAAGUAGAAAAAGUGGCAGGUUUCAAAAUAAAGAAGAAUGCCGACUCCACCCACCAAGAAAAGAAAAGAAAAGGAUCAACAUGAGGAUAAGAAGGAACCCCCUGUCAGCCCUUUGAGUGCUUUUAUGCUUUAUGCCAAUGACGCCAGGCCACGACUAGAAUUGGAACACCCCAAUAUAAAGGCCGUGGAACUGAGUGCGAAAUUAGUAGAAUCCUGGAAUGAUUUGCCAGAGGAAGAAAAAAGGAUUUACCAUAAUCGCUCCGAUGAGUUGCAAAGAAAACCGGGUCCAGAUUUUGGGCGGAAAUCACAUGCAACACACAGACAAAAAGAAGAGCAGAAGUCAAAACGAAAGGGCCCCGACCGACCAGAACAUUGCAUAAUUGUACCCAAUGGUAAAAUGAAACUUAUAGACUCUCCAUUUAUUCAGAAGUCGAAGCGAAGAAGGUAUGAACUGCCGUACAAGUAUCCCCGAAGCUCGGAGUACCACCAACCACGACCCAAACCUCCAAAACUCAACCCCAUGAAAAGGCCGCCCGCGCCCCGCCCCCUCAUCCGCAGUUAUCCCACAUACAAGGAGCGGAUCCAAAUGAUGGAGCGUGGACUGUUUCACAAACAGGCGCCGCCCCACAUCGGCGUCUUCAAACGAAGUGAAGACAACCCAGACUUGCUUAUUGUGGACGAUUCAGGACAGACCACAAUAACGUUUCCAAGCCUGGAAAAACAGAACGGCUAUUCAAAGGGCUACAGUUAUGGGCCUCAAGUUCCUGGUCUGAACGGUAACAAUUUCUUCCAUCCGAGAAUCAUCGGAGCCGGGCCUCACUUUGCUCAGUAUCGAAUGGCGUCGUCCCCAGUGAACUUUAUUCCGGGGAUUUAUCCCCAGCCGUACCAAGCCUACCGUUACCCUUACCUACCUAAUGUUCACGGGCCGUACGUUCAGGCCCCUCAGAUUUACCAACAAGCCAUCCCCAUCCCCACAUCUCGGACCAUGUUCUCGGAAAUCGAGUGUUCCCCGACCACCACCGGCUCCAUCACCGUCCGGUACGAACCCGUGGCCACGGAAUCGUUCGAGAAUUUCGAGAUCUCGGACGAGGACUACUUGGACCACGACCCGUUUCUUAACCUCGAUUUGAAUGAGGACGACCUUCAGAUAGAGGGGGACGAGGUGGAGUUUGACAUGAUGGGGCUGGACUCUGACCAGGAGGGACAGAAAGAAGAGGAAGUCUGCGACGAUCUGGACGACAUUAACCCGACCAUCGCUCCGUUUGAAGAAGGUAUCGACCAGUACUUGUCUGUGGAUGGACAGCCCUACGUGAUGAUACCCGUGGACAUGGAUGUGGCCAAAAAACUAGGAUGGCCGAUCCACAUGCUGCCCUCUGUCCCUCAGUGGCUGUCCAAGCUUACGGACAAUGAAGUGACAUCAUCUGGUAUUUCCAGUUCAGAACUACUUUUUGACAGCCUACCCCAAUUGGAUUCUACCUCACCACAGCCACAAAAUAACCUCAUUUUGAACGAUUUCGAACCUCAACAAGAAACUGAUAUAGCAAGAGAAACAAUUAGAGAGGAAAUGUUGGGAUCGCAAUCACAAUCUCCAAAGAGCCAUUUCGAAAAAAUGGACUCCUCCGAGUCCAAUAUGGAUCAGGAUCAGUUCGACGUCGAAUCGAUGCUCAGAAACGACGCUACGUGUCGACUCAAUGUCUGCCAAGAGGAGAAGAUGCUGCCGACAGCCACGGGAGAAAUGAUGGACUGCUGUGGCGAUAGCAAAGCUGAAUUCGUGUCGGCGAUACCCGACGAGCGGGGAGACCAAGGAAGGCCCGUUCUGACCAGUACUCCAAACCAAAGCCCAGGGAGAAACACGGCCUCCUUAACGAAGCCGUCCGACAUUGAACAUUCCCCUGUGAAAUCUUGCCACUCGCCAUCCUGCUCCUCCAUUGAAUCGCCUGAUCAAGGCAGCCAGCGUAGACGCAGGAAGCAAGAGGAGGAGGCCCAGCAUUUUAAAGACGUUAUCCGACAAGAAACGCACUUUGAUUCCAACGGUGUGAAAUCUGUGAGCUGUGGCUCCGCGACGAGGAAACCGUCCGUCAUUCUGGAGAGUCUGCUAGAGAAUUCCGACACGGAAAUGGAAUGUGGAAGCGGUGCUGACGGUAAACGGGAGGGGUUCAUGGAGAAACAAGAUUGUCCCAAAUAGAUUGUGUUUAUGUGCUUUAAAGUCGCCAUGAUUGUCGAAAAGGUACAUACAUGUAUAUUAAGUCACUGUGAUAAUGAAAAUGUGUAACAAAUCUGUGAAUCAUUUUGAACAAUGUUUAUAAUCCAAGAUUAUACAAUUGGGAUUUUUUUUAAACGUAAACAUUUAAUUGAUACAUGUAAAUACAUGUAUAUUUGAUCGUUUUACGCUUGAUCCUAAAUAUAUUUUUUCCUGUAGUACUACUUAUAAAUGUAAAGUGUGAUAAAAGUAGAAAACAAUAGAACAUACUUGUCUAAUAAAGAUAAAAACUGCAGCUAUCCAAAAAAGCGUAUGCAAUGAAUUCAACAAUAGUUUGUAUUUAUUCAAAAACUUAAUUAAA